GACAUUUAUUGUUAAAACCCUAUAUAAACUCUUUUAGCGUCCUACCAAUUUCACAUCUACGCAUUCAUUUUUGCUCGCACGCUGCUUCAGAGAUUUGUAUUUGCUGUUUGGAGCGAGGCGGAAGACGUUUCAAAUUCGGCACCCUUCACCUGCUCUGCCUUUGACAAAUUUACUCUAUAGUAACCUACCUUUUAAAGUUCUAUUGUGUUGCCCUUCAAGCAUUGUAGGUGACAUUCAGGACGACUGCAGACGAGGACAACUAAAAUGCGGAAUACCAGAGCAUCUCAAGAUAUGCAUGAUGACCAUGAUGAAGAACAAGUUGAUCUUGAUGGGGAUGAGGAAGAACCAGAAGAAAUAAUGGAUGAGGAAGUGGAGGAUGAAGGGGAUGUUGAGGAGGAAGAAAAAAAUGAUGCCCAAGAAGGACUUGAUCUUGAUAUAGCUGAGGAUGAAGGAUCUGGUUCACAGGAUGAACAAGAAGCUGACCACGAAGCUAAUGCCUCAAAUCUGAACCGUGAGAAGUCAUCUGAAGAUGAUGGGAAUCAUGACACUGUAGAGGAUGCUCCAGCAGUAGAAGAAAAUAGCGAAAAGCUUGAGAAAGAUAAAGAUGAAAGUAAUGAUGAGGAAUUGCUGGCUCUCCCACCACAUGGCACUGAAGUGUUUUUAGGUAAUCUACCACGGGAAAUUACUAAGGAAGAUUUGACAAGCCUUUGUGAGCAGUGUGGGGAGAUUUUUGAUAUUACUAUUAAACGUGAGGCAGACAGGGCAGUUUACUCCUUUAUUACCUUUACAGCUAAGGAGUCUGCUAAGAGUGCCAUUGAAAAAUUGAAUGGUUCUGAGUAUAAGGAGAAGAAACUAAGGGCUUCUGAAUCUCAACCAAAAAAUCGGCUCUUUUUGGGUAAUAUUCCAUCAAAUUUGAAAGAAGAGGAUCUUUCAAAAGUUGUCUCUGAGCAAGGACCUGGCUUUCAGCAUGUAGAGCUGAUAAAGGAUCCAAAGGACUCAACAAGGAACCGAGGCUUUGCCUUUGUUGAAUAUUAUAAUAAAGCAUGUGCCGAAAAAGCAAUGAAGAACAUGUUGUCUUCAAAAUUUAAGCUGGACGAUAAGGUUAUAACUGUAAAAUGGGCAUCCCAUCAACGGACUUCUUCAACUGAAGAGGUCAAGUCUGUGUAUGUCCGCAAUUUGCCAGAUGAUGUGACAGAGGAGCAACUAAAAGAUCUUUUUGGGCGACAUGGGGAGGUUACAAAAGUUGUUCUAUUAGAACAGAGGCCGGGGCAGGCAAAGCGGGAUUUUGGCUUUGUUCAUUUUAAUGACCAUGCCACUGCUCUUAAAGCUGUGGAGAAAACAGAGAAAUACGAGCUUGAAGGGCGGGAGUUGACAGUUUCUUUAGCAAGGCCAUUGAAUGACAAGAAACCUCAAAGUGCUACUUUGUAUCCUUUUCAAAGGUCUGUCAUUCCAAAUUAUCAGCUGCAAGGUGGAUAUGGUUAUGGCGCAAAUCUCUAUGGAGGCUUUGGUGUUGGAUUUGGUUCUGCAGGCUACAAUCAGCCAGUCAUUUAUGGCAGAGGUCCAACACCUGCAGGCAUGACGAUGGUACCAAUGAUGCUGCCAGAUGGCCGUGUUGGAUAUGUGUUGCAACAACCUGGGAACGGGGUAGGGGCAUCUGCACCCUAUAGAGGACAAGGCUCUGCUUCUUCCAGGGGUGGAGGUAGAUCCAAUAGAAGUGGUUCGGGUGGUGGCAGGCAAGGUGGUGGAAGAAGUUCUGGCAAUGGUGGGGGAAGUCGUCGGUACAGACCCUACUGAUUAUUGGGGGAGGUUGUCUUUGGUGGUUUUCAGACAGCCUUUCACCAAAGCAAUGCAUGUUGCAUUCUCUGUCUUUUUGUUGGACACUUGCAUUGUUGAUUUCAAUGAGCUCCUCAACGAACCAAGAAUUAGAAGAACUUUGCUAUAUAGAACAAGUUAUGUAACAGAAGCUUUGGAAACUUAAUUUCACAUUUUAUCAUCCUGUAGAAAAUGAUAGCAUAUGAAGACAUAACUUUGUCAUGGAUAAUUUAUACGUGAGGGUUUUGGUGCUUGUAUCGAGUUGGUUGGUUUCCAAAGUCACCGAGACCUAUUAUUUUCAAAAUUUCAUCCAAAAAUUUGCAAUAUUUGGUUUUCUGGCCUUAAAUAUGAAGGGUUUCUGAAGAGGCAGCUGUGGGAAACUACUUAUUUUAUAAAGGUUAGGAGGGAGUGUUAUUGUUGAAACUGCAUUUUGCAAGUGUUCAAGAAUUCUUUAAUACUGAGCCUUUGAUAAAAUUUGCAUGACAUUUUAUUUGA